AUCGCUGGGCACACAAACAGCCAUGCGAUCUUACGACACUGCCUGCCUCCCUCAGGUCUGAAACGACCAAACGUACGCAGCGUUUUCCUGCAACUGUGCAAGCUUGAUUGACCCAGAACGUUUUUAUUGAAUACUAAACGAUAAAUGAUGCUAGGAUCAACCAUCUUGCAGAGACGCGCGAGGCCGUUGGCAAACGGUGGCAGCAGAACCUCAGCGCGUGUUGCGCUCCUGCGGUGUAAGGCUACAGCAGUGGAGAUUCAGCCAUCAGCAAGGGCCACUGAUGCAGGGCGCCCUUUGUUCUAUCGCGCCAUUGUGUUCGAUAUGGACGGCACCCUGACGGAGGCGCACAUCGACUUCGCGGACAUGCGCGCACGCACUGGCAUACCCAUUGGCGACCUGUUUACGGUGAUGGAGUCGUGGGAGGAGGACUCGCGCAUCCUGGGCAGCAUGAACACCAUCCUUGACAUCGAGGCGGAUGCCGCCAAAGCCGUAAGUGCCAAGCCGGGGCUCAUGCAGCUGCUGCAGCUGCUCAAGGACCGCCAGGUGCCGGUGGCGUUGGUGACUCGCAACACGCCACACUCGGUGUCAGCAUUCUUCAACCUGAUUGGUCCGGAGUGGUCGGGUCUGUUCAGCCAAGUGCUCACGCGCGAAUUCGACUUCGUCAAGCCUGACCGCCGCCUCCUUACGCACGUAGCCAAGACCUGGGGGCUGGACCCCGCUGACCUGCUCAUGGUCGGGGACUCGUUCGAGGACGUGGAGUGCGGCAAUGCCAGCGGCACGGCCACGUGCCUGGUCGCGGGUGGCGGUAACGAGAAGCCGGGCACAGUGGUGCUGCCGCCCCCCGGCGCCGUGGCCACCUUCACGGUGUCGGGUCUGUCGGAGCUUGCGGAGCGCCUGGCGACGGCCGGCGAGAAGGGCCCCCAGGCGGCCGGCGUGGCGCUGGGCUGGCCGGUGCGCCUGGCCGCGGGGGAAGCAAUCGGCGCUGAGGGCGCGCCCGCGCCUGGUCUGGACUACCUGGACUGGUUGUCGGCCGCCGGCGCGCUGCGUUGUGCGCCCGUCUCGUUUCCGCGCAUGGGCCGCGCCGCAGGCGGUCUGGCCACGUGCGAGGCGGCGGCGUGGGGCGACACCGUGCUGCACGUGUUCUGCGGCGCUGGCGCGCUCACCAAGCUGCUGGCCAGCCAGGGGCUGCAGGUGUGGGCGGUGGACAGUGGCGUGGAGGCACCGCGGAAACGCGGCCUGCGCGCCGCGCCCUUUGCCGGCGAGCCGCUGGGGCCGGGCUGCCUGACCGCCGCGCAGCAGUCGGCGCCGUCGGAGGGCUUCCAGGUCGUCAUGCUGGACGGCUCCCACAUGACCGACCUCCAACGCGCCAGCUGGUGGACGCCCGCUGCGGUGACCUCGCUGCUGCCGGCGCUGGCGCCCGGCGGCCGCCUGUGUGUGCAGGUGCCGCUGCUGCCCGACGUCAACCCCGCCGCGGUGCUGAGCUCUCUGCGGGCCGCGGGGCUGGAGGUGCGGCACUGGCGCGUUGCGGCGCCGCAGCCGGGGUGCUCGGACGCCCUGGCGUGCAGCUCGCAGCUGGAGAUCGUGGCGAUGCGGGCGUGAGCUGUUGUGACGAGUGGGGCUGAGAAGAGAUCCUAACCCGCGAGGGGCUGGUGGAAACUGUGAAGCUGUGCGGGUGUAACGAGUGAGCGUGGAUGUGUGGGAAAUGAGCGCGCGUGGUGUGGGGGAAAACAUCAGGGGUUGUUGUGUUGCGGUAGUGAGUACAUUUGUUGGAGUUGGUGUGCGCCAGGCCGCGGCGCGGCACUGCGUAUGUGUGGGAGGCUGGGAUUGCAGGAUUUCGUGUGUUCCGGGGGGCGCAGGACGGCAGGAGGAGCGUCCAUUUUGUGAUCUGUCAUUGAAUAACGGGAGCAGGACCAGCGGAUCAGCUGCGGCCGUGUGAUUCCGCAAUAUGUGAGGCUCUAUGGGCGGCUCCAGUAUAAUACUGUAGAACAGUGUGACACCAGACUCCUGGAACUCAUAGUCCCGGGCGGCUGAGUGAUGGCUGGGACUGCGCUUGCGUCCGGUCUCGGUUAUGUCAUCUCUUUGCUAUGACUUGCGAAUUACUGUUUACGAAGAGGUAAUUGUGCCUUACCUCACGAGGCC